AUGCUGGGCAUUCCACUAAUCUCAGAUUAUAUUCAUAAAGUAGUGAAGCCCCAAGUAGUCGCUGAUCGAGUAGAUUUCUUGAACUAUUAUGCUACUUCGUUACUUCUUGCAAUGGCAUCAUUAGCCAUCUCAGCUAAGCAAUAUUUUGGCUCACCCAUCCAAUGUUGGGUACCUAUGGAGUUCAGAGGUGGUUGGGAAAAAUAUACUGAAGAUUACUGCUUUAUUCAAAACUCUUAUUACAUACCAUUUGAAAAACAACUACCAGAAGAAUGGGAUGACCGCAGAGAUCAGAUCAGUUAUUAUCGAUGGGUACCGAUAAUGUUGGCGUUGCAAGCGCUUAUGUUCUUUGCCCCUAACUAUUUUUGGAAUAUUAUUUACAAAGAAACGGCGAUACAACCCCAAGGAAUAGUAAAGGAAGCAAAGAAAUGUUCUACCUUACAUGGCAAAAAUCGUGAACUGGAAAUUCAAAAUUUAGCAAAAUAUAUCAAAGAUACAAUUUCAAUUUUUAGCCCAAAUGAGGGUCAAACGAAGGGGUCAACAUGGUCAGGUCGUAACGCAACCAUUUUAUAUUUGUUGACUAAAUUUUUUUAUUUGUUGAACAUUGUCGGACAACUGGUUAUGCUGAAUCAUUUCUUUGGUGGUGGUUACUUGCAUUGGGGUUUUCAAACAGUUACCGAUGUAAUUGCUGGAAAGGAAUGGACCGAAUCAACAAUAUUCCCACGUGUUAUUAUGUGUGAUUUUCAGGUACGUCGAUUGGGUAACCUCCAACGUCACACAGUACAGUGCGUGAUUAUGAUGAAUAUGAUUAACGAAAAAUUUUACUUAUUUCUUAUGUUUUGGUUUAUUUUCGUUGGUAUUUGUACUUUGCUGAAUUUCUUCUAUUACCUAGUUGUCAUGUCAGUACCACGGGCUCGAGCAAGACUAAUAUUAUGGAAUGUUAAUCGUCGUAAAUGGGAAUCGUUACAAAUCAAACGUGAUGAUGGUAAACGUUUUGUCGAAGAAUUCCUCCAUCCAGAUGGAGUACUACUUCUGAAGUUCAUAAGCGAACACGUGAGUGCAAGGGUAUCUCGAGAUCUCGUCAAUGAAUUGAUCAAAAUUUUUGUUGAUGAGUCUGAGGCAAGCGAAAGUAAGCAAUCUUCAAGUGAAUCUUCUAUGGAAAAGCCACUUUUACCUUCUACAAAAGUGAAUAAAAAUUACUACGGAAAUUAUGAGAAAAACAUUAAGCCAUACUAUACACCAAGAAGUGCGCCGCCUUUGCCAAGUCAAAUGGUUUGUUCGUCGCUUUCGGGAUCCGGUAGUGAGAGUGCUCCGGUGAUAGAAGAUUUUAUUGACGGUACUUUGCCUAUCCGUUCUUUGGUACGUGCACGUGUCGCGCAACAACCGAAUAAUAAUGCCACGGGAAAUGAUUGUGGUAGUCCAGGAUCACCAUCAAGGCAGAUUAGUCCUACAGAAGUUUGA